GGAGACUGUGCGCAUGUAUUUCCGAAGUACUGUAAAGCCAAACAGACAGAUAGAGGCGUCUAUCCGCACCGAGCCUAUACUUUUCAAGCUUCUUUUGAACUGGCUUCCGGACUUCCUGCAUCAUCGUAUCAGACCGUCCAUCAGCAUCUCGGCAGGCUAACUCUGAUUCUGAAGCUGGAAACUUUGAUUAAUUACCGUAUUCCCUGCAGAAGCCGAACAGUGGCCAUGAUGUCGUGUGAGGCCGCCACGGAAGUGGCAUGUGCCGAUGCUAAUCCAGUAAGGCACGAAAUAUCAAGUUCUUAGCGUGGAACGUCGGCUGUUCGCUUCCCUUCCUCCACCUCUGGCGUCAAAGCCAUUCAGUUUGAGCGAAGGACAGUACUUCGAUAUCUAGGGCGAUGAUGGAGUCAGAAUACGUAUAAGAUGAAAAGGAUGGAUAGGUACUGGAUAGUGCCCGUUGCCCAUCCCACCUAGGUUAUAAUUCCAUGGCCAAUCCUGCUCAGCAACUCUUGGACGAGUUCAUAUUAGCUCUGGAAGACCUUCGUCUUCUCACUUAUAUCGAUACUGCAAGUAUAGCUAUCUUCGUCUACGAUUAUCUGCUCACUUUCGAGGAUGAGCGUACAUUCAUGUGGCCAAAGAACUGGUCAAUCCUGAAAGUCUUGUUCUUUAUGGUCCGAUAUCUUCCUGUCCUCGACUUGACAAUUACUGGAAUAGGUCAAUAUAGGGCAAACCUGUCACCGGAAACAUGUUCAUUUUCGCUAAAGACUUCGGCAUGGCUUAUCAACUUGGGUAUUAUCACUGCUGAACUCAUCCUGAUCAUCCGCACAUAUGCAAUAUUUAAUCAGAAGAAGCGUGUUGUGCUCAUCUUGCUCAUAGCCUGGGGUGUAGCAAAUUUGGUUCCUGACUUGGCGAUAAUGGCACUCUUCUUGAAAUCGAUUGAAUUUACGCCUUUACCUGGAGGACUUCGUGGAUGCCUAAUUACCUCGGGAAAUACUUUACUCAUCGGCGACUGGAUCAUCCUGAUGAUCUACGAAUCUAUUCUUCUUUUACUUCUAGUGAUUAAGGGCAUCCAAAUGUAUAAGGAACUUGGAAAAUCAUCCCUCUACCUAGCACUCUUCAGGGAUGGUGCAGUUUUCUAUGUGUACAUUUUCGCUCUAUCGGUUGCGAAUGUGAUUGUGAUAUCUACUCUUUCGGCACACGACAAAUCGAAACUGGGUAUGCUUGCAAGCAUCGAGCGAGUUACGCACUCCAUCCUGACAGGACGUUUACUCCUAACUCUCAACAAAGCAAACAAAACGCUCACCGAUCCGUCUCAUGUUACUGUCGAUCUACAAAGUAUACAAUUCGAAGGAAAUCCGAGGGGAUUGGAGGAUAGUGAAGCUGGGAUCGGGAGUGAUGCUCUUAUGUCAAUGUCUGCUCUCGGGCCACUUGAAGGGACGGGGAUGUUGACUUCUGGGGACGCUUCGGCGACGGGAUCUCAGUCGAGCUAUCUUGCAACUGGGCCGAGUAUAAUGUCAAGUGAAGCAGGGAUUUGAAUCUCAGAAGAUGAAGAAGAGGGCUGUGGACUCGGAAGCAGGGACCAGCACUUUCUUAACAACAAAUUCUAAUGCGCAGUGGUCUGGUCCGGAACCUUCGGCUUCAACAUUGUCAAUGUCCACGAAGGCUCCUGCCAAUGUUUGAUCCAUUUGUAUUGCUAUUCCUCACGACUCAAUCGACCCCAACUUUACAUAUUUUUUGAACACAUUGUGUACAUUGAUUUUAUGCCCAGACACGCACGCUUGUACUUUUACAUUGGCG